AUGGCCGAAAAAAACAGCCCAAAAUUAAUAAAUGAAUUUAAACUUUGGCAAAGAAAACUCCAAAAUUUACAGGAACUGGCUAAGUUAAAAAAUGCAAUGUAUGCUCUUUCUGUAUGUAACAGAGUAAUGUUUCCAAACGUGUUCAAACUUUUGCAAAUAUUAGCAACUCUUCCGGUGUCGUCUGCUUCAAAUGAAAGAUCAUUUUCUACCCUCAAGCGAAUUAAAACUUAUUUGAGGAACUCCACAUCUGAGGGAAGACUUAACGGCUUAACUAUGCUAUCCAUAAAUCGUCAUUACCAAAUAACCGCAGACGAAGUUCUUAUUGAAUUAUCAAACAAGAAACGACGUUUGGAAUUUUUGUUGUAG